AAGUCACCAGGGGGUGGGGAAAUGGUGACAGCUCCAGGAAGCCGCCGGCGGCACCGUGAGACACCGAGGGGAGGCAGCCCGCGGUGUGGCAGCUCGCAGUCCGUGCCCGCCGAGCCCGCCGCCGCCGCCAUGUGCUCCCCGCAGCGCCCGCCGCUCGCCCACGUCUUCAAGGGGACCUUCGUGCACUCCACGGCCCUCAGCCCCGUGGAGAUCCUGCACGGGCACCUUCUGGGGGUGGACGAUAACGGGACAAUUGUGUUUAUGGAACAAGCUGAUCAGCUAGAGCAGCUGGCUGAAACGUGGGGGUUCAAAACUUCUGACAUAAGACAACUGAGUAAACAUGAAUUCUUCAUGCCAGGAUUGGUUGAUACACAUAUUCAUGCCCCGCAGUACUCGUUUACUGGCACGAGAGUAGACCUGCCUCUUCUGCAGUGGUUGACUUCCUACACGUUCCCAACAGAAGCCAAAUUCCAGGACAAUGGCUUUGCAGAAGAAGUGUACACCAGAGUUGUUAGACGAACUCUAAAGAAUGGCACGACUACGGCUUGCUACUUUGCAACAAUUCACACAGACAGUUCUCUUAUUCUUGCUGAAAUUGCAGAUAAAUUUGGUCAACGAGCAUUUGUUGGAAAAGUCUGCAUGGAUAUGAAUGAUAUGGUGCCAGAAUACAAAGAGACUACUGCUGAAUCUGUCGAAGAGACAGAAAGGUUUAUUAAAGAACUUCUGGAAAAAAAAUAUCCCAGAGUGCAGCCCAUAAUAACCCCCCGCUUYGGCCCCUCCUGCACAGAGGACUUGCUGAGUGCCCUCGGUGGUUUAGCAGAGACUCACGAUCUCCAUGUGCAGAGUCACAUAAGUGAGAGCAAAGAUGAAGUCAAACUUGUGAAGGAGAUGUUUCCUGCCUACCAGAAUUACACYGAACUGUAUGAUAAAAACAAGCUGCUAACCAGCAAGACAGUGAUGGCUCAUGCCUGUUAUCUUUCUGAAGAAGAGCUGAAAGUUUUUAGUGAUCAUGGAGCUGCAAUCUCACACUGCCCCAAUUCUAACUUUUCGUUGCGCAGUGGUGUCUUAAAUGUGCAGAAGGCUCUCGAACACAAUGUGAAGCUUGGUCUUGGCACWGAUGUUGCUGGUGGAUAUUCAUCUUCUAUGCUUGAUGCUAUAAGGAAAACAAUGGUGGCAUCUAAUACUAUUCAGAUCAAUGGUGUGAAUGAAACAGGACUAACUCUUCAACAAGCUUUUCAGCUUGCCACUCUGGGAGGAAGCCAAGCUCUAGGACUAGAUGACGUGAUUGGAAACUUYGAGGUGGGCAAAGAAUUUGAUGCACUGCUAAUCAACACGAAGGCUUCAGACAGCCCUUUCGACCUGUUCUCCKCUGAUGAGUUCGAGGAUACCUUCCAGAAGUUCCUGUAUCUAGGUGAUGAUCGAAACAUUUCUGAAGUGUAUGUGGCUGGAAAGCAAGUGGUUCCUUUUUCAAGCUCUGUAUAAAUCCACUCCUCUUUUGCAAAAUACUCUGCUGAUCAUUCUGCAUCUGAUUUGGAAAAGAUUAAUUAAGCAUAGUGCCUGAGCAUCAGGAUUGACACCUCACUUUUGAUUAAUGUCAUAAAACUUGCAAAUCUUGAAAAUUUGGUUAGACCUUUCAAGAAUGACUUUACCAAAAUCUUCAUAGUUCUAAAGGAAAUGGCUAUUUAAAUUUCUUURUAAAAUAGCAUCUGUGCAUUGAUAAGGGAUUUCAUAAAUAUCUUAUUUAAAGAGGACACCUGCUAUUCUKUCUAAUAACAAUAUAGGGAGCAUUAUGAGGAGCAAUGAGAUGCUCAUCAACUAUAAUGCAUAGGAAUUUUUUUAAAAACCCCAGUGCCAGUAAAUUGAUUUUGCAGGUAAUGAAUAUAAUGGAAGAAUGCAAUUUCCAUAAUAUUAUCAUMAAAUAUGGAAAAAUCAGUGUCAUAUUGGAGAAUGUUCAGUAGUUUUCAGUUUUUCCUGGGAGCUCUAUAAAAAAAAAGUUAAUUUAAAGCAUUAUUUUUAAAAGGAAUUAAGUAAGAAGUGUGUGUUUAUAAAUAAAUAGGGYUCCUUAUCAAAGACUUCAUAAUCAUCAUUUAUAGUCAGACUGACCAAAAAAUCAUUGAACUACCUUGAUCUGAAUGACAGCUGAAUGAAACUUCUGCUAAAUUGAAAGCAGGCACUAAGAUAUCUCUGCAGGCCACACAAUGGCAAACAAAUCAAGAGGUUUUCUGGACUAGCUCAGUAUCCUGCAGAACCUUCCCAAUCUCAUUUGCUCCUGGCUGUUCAGACAGGAUGAUAUGAUGUCCCUUCUUUCUGUAAGAGAAGUGAGUACAUUUAAAAAUUUUCCUAGAGAAAUGGUCUCUUUCUGGCCAUUACCACCUUUGACUUGAGGUGCAAAUCAUCACUGAAAAACGCAGCUCAGCUUCAAUGUGCUCUGUGUCUUUCAAYGUGGCAGCCGUAACUCCAGCCCUGUGCAAUUCUGGGGUUCCAGUAAAAAAUAUGCCCUUUUUGUUCUGGAAAUCCGUGUGACUUCCUUUCCUAAAAAGGCAUAUUUCCCUGCUUUUUAAGAGAGCUAGUUGUUUUUUCGUUAUUUUUUGUGUGAUUUGUUUGAGGAGGGGAUUGCUUCUUGUUUCCCUACUACCUUUUUGCAACACAAAGGAUGUAAGCUUUUGUUUCAGGGUCAUUAGAUACUGGUAUUGUGUUUAGCUACUGUAAAUGUGUGUUGGAUAUGUUUUUAAGGCCUGCUUCAAACUUUUUUGAUUUCACUAAACCUUGUUUUGCACUUCUUUCUCACUGCCUGGGGAUAUAGGACUUACCUCUGUUCACAAAACAAGGGAGGUCACUGCACCAAAGUAUCACUUUUUGUCUACUUCAGAGAGAGUGCUUGGCCCAACGUCACUCACAAUGUUCCGACUUUAAAAGCAUUUUUAGAGCUUAUGUAUUGUUAUGAUUAUGCCUACACAGACAGCAUAGCAUCCAGGGGAAGUGUAACAGCUAAUUUGGGCACUUAACGCAGUACAGUCUAUUCAGUGUGGUUUUUUUGCCAAAGCUGAGGGCCCGUACCAAACAGCAGGAACAAGAAGCAGAUGUCCUGCAGGAUCAGGAACGCAGCCGCUCACCGAGAGCUCGCUCAGGUAUCUGCUGGCUUGCUGCAAUGUGCCACCGCUKGCCCAGGUACGGCCUUCCUGCCCUUCAUCUUCAGUCACUUCUAAGGCUUUAGGAGUCCAGAUCUAAGGAUUAAUAUUUACACAUUCCAUCAGGGUGUUUUCUCAACCAUUGUUUUUCCUGUGUCCCAAUCACCUACACAGUAGCACACAUGUUCAGCAAAUAGCAAUCUUCAGCUCUUUAACUUGGUUUCCUGAUUCAGGGAGCAUUUUUUUCUCAUGAAUUUUGACAUGAAUUUAAUUGACCAAACUUCACAUUUCAGAACCAAAGAUCUGUGAGACACAUGUUUUGAUCCUCCCAGUUAGUGUAUGAAACUAUUUUUAGGGAAUUACAUGGUUUUCAGCUUUGGCUUUCCUGUGGUGGAGAAAGAUCACACAGCCUCUUGUACAAUGUAUGCUAGUGCCCUACUUUGUUGCCUCCAGAGCUAUGAACUAAAUCAAUGCUUUUAUUUUAGUGGUAGUCUUAACUGUCUCUGAUUUGUUUUCCCAUUAGUUUGUUGUGUUCUUAAUGAAGGAAUUCAGAAUUUCUUCCUAAAAUACUCCUGGGGGUGGACAGGUUGCUUAUUCACAAAUUGGGAACACACUAAAACUUUGGCAAGUUCAGGACUACACUGCUGGGCCAGKUCAAGGGGACUCUCCAGGAAAACAGCAACCAGUGAGCUUUGUAUCUGAAUGUUCACUGUGUCAUGAGAAGUUUGACUCUUGUGAAAUUCAAGGACAAGGUAGCUACUCCCCUUUUGAUUACAGCUUUGUUCAUGUCUAGUAUCCAGAGACUACUCAGACUUAGAGAAAGAAAAUAAUUUUUUUAAGAAUCUCAGCUGGAGGAGGAAUUCUGCCUGCAGGCAGUGCUGUGGGCUGCAAUGCCCAAGACCAGGAGGAGCGAGGACCAAGACAGAUAGCAUUACAUUAAAUGCUGAGGURCUUAGGGUAAAGGAAAGAAGUCUGAAUUUGAUGUUUGAGGASGCCAGUGGGGGAAUUCAUACAACAAAUUUACUGUAAGACAGCAACAUCUUAAUUAGAAUUGAAUGGAGAAAAAAUGUACUGYCAGAAAAGUUAAGUGGGGUCAUCUGAGGCAGUCCCAAAGGCUUGUUCAGUGGAAGAUGGCUUACGCAMAGAGAUUUUAAGGUUUUAGGUCCUAUAGAGGUGUAGUUGUCAGAUUUCCCUGAAGUAAUUUUAAGAAAGUAACUAAGGAUCCCACKGUGAAGUUUUGGUCUCUGGGAUCCUCUGCCUGUGUGUAGUUUUGGGAAGAURUUUAUUAGAGUGGGUGAGGAUCGGUGGAUUAAAGCAGUUACUGCUGAGACUUACACAUCUACAGCUCAAUACUACACAUGUCCUGUUUCCUUGGGGAGAUGCCCCUGCUGUAUCUGCACUUCGAAGCUGGCCCAGAAAUGGGUUCAGACUCUGAGUGUCCCCUAGAGAGAGCCUGUUUGGAGGGCAGCUGAGCCUCCAGUGUAUUUCCCCUGAAUUAAACUUAAUUCUUGUGUACCAAAACCACCCUGCAAGCUGGAUCAAGGUUCAAUAAGGGAGAAUGAUUGGGAAUUCAGAGCAGCACUAUUGUCUCAAACCAAAAUGCUAAUGGAGGCUAGAACUUGAACUAUUCCCCCUCUGUUCUCAUCCCUUCCAAGACCUUAGUAGCUGAAUACAAUUUGAGGCAAUUUUCUUCCACUUUCCUCCCUUUUCCCCAUAAUCCCCCACCACAAAAAAAGAAAUUAAAAUUUAACAACUGAACACUAAGGGGAUAUGAGUAUGUGGAAGGAAAUAAAGGGACAAUUUUCAGUCAGUAUAAAUUGACACAUAUGACAGUAUAAACUGACUGACUUGAAAUAAAACCUCUGGAAAAACAUACAUGCAACAGACUCCAGAUGUGUGUCCCCACGWGUUCUCUUACCAGUUGGUGGAUGGGAUGUUUCUUUCUUGGUAUGYCUUUAUGUUCAGUGGUAGCACACCAUUCAGACAAAGGGAAAAAAGGGUAUUUGUGUAGAGCUUGCUUGUUGGGACAAUAUGCUUACUGUGUUCUAUGGUCAGAUGAGCACUUAUUUAGUAUAAAUAUAAUGUAUUUGAAUUACUGUUAUAUGUUGAUCUCAUUGUGUCACUUUAGGUUUUGAAAUAUGAGUAAGAAUUGCCUAUGCAUUAUGCAGCAUUAUUUGAAUUAUUCAUAUGUGGCAAGUGGAGUUCUGCACUUUAAAAUGUUGCCUUGGCCUACUGUUUAUAUUUAUGCUGUAUUUUUUGUGCAAUCCUAAAGUUUUGUACGGGGAAAGAUGUGUAUUUUUUCAUUGCACUGAAUUUUUCAGUAAGUGGACUUCCUGUUAGAAAAAAAGGAAUUUUAAAAUGACCCUGUCUAAAAGUCUGUGCCUGAUUAUACACUCAUGGAUGAAAAAAAAAUUAUGAUGGUUUUGUGAACUUGAAUAGUAAUAUUUUAAUUUAAAAGUAAGUGCAGAUAAGUAGAAUUUUUUAGAAUAUAAUUAUGAUAGUGCAAUGCAAGUUAGSAAAAGGUAUUCGUGUUAAAUGUCUACAGUUUCAUUGAGCAAAAAGAGAACAUGGCUAUUCUUGAUUAUUAAUUUAAAAAGAAUACAUAAGUCUAUAAAAACAAAAAAGCCCAAGUUCCUUCAAAGAAUAUUCCGGUUUUAAAAGGAAAAUAUUUUAAUGUCAUUACUCAGAUAUGCUGUUUAAAAAUAUUAUUUUAAGCAUUUCCAGGAACAAUGCAUAACAGAUGAUAAGGUGAAUAGACUCAAAAGUUGUGGAUUUUCAUGAAUAAGUGGUGCUGUUUUGUUUGCACUGUGGUAUGUGGUAGGAGUCAGCUCACCUGACCUAACAUUACAGUGUAGAAUUACAGAAAAAGCUGAGCUGGAAGGGGCCCUUAAAGGUCAUCGUGUCCAGCUCCUGGCCCUACCAGCACCAUCCCCAAGGACAGGGAAAAAAGGUAUUGCAGAAGAUAUUUGAAAAGAGUGGUAGCAGAAUACAAAAUACUGCAAAGUAGAAAGGAGAUAGAUGAGAGGAACUCACAGAAAGACGAUGACAUGUCAGUGAAAUUUCAGGUGGGAAAUGCUCAGUAAAGAGGAUACAUUCUCAGGAAAUGUUCUGUUAAAUCAUGGAUAUCAUUCCYUCUAAAAGUUAUUGAGGUCCAAAACCUGACCAGGUUUCCAAAGCAAUUGCUUAAAUGCCUAAUAAUAUAAGCCCAAAUAUCUGCUCAUGACAUAAUUAUGUAAUGUUUUGCAACUUCUAGAUCUUUACCUCAAAAUUUAAAUCAAAAUUAUCUGUAAUGGCCCCAGAAAGAACAUAAUGCAAGGGCACAAAACGUUUUCUCUUCACCUGUCCUGUGUGACAUCUAGCACUGGCCAGAACAGAAGCUGAAUUAGUCUGUCCUCGUGAAAAAUUUCUGUUCGUGCAUGCCCCAGAUGUUAUCCCCUGUCAUGUGCCUGGUGAUGCAGUGAUCACUGAGCCCAGCACAGGACAAAGGGUCUGAUGUGACUGAUGUGGCUGAAUGCAAACCAGUUUAGAAAUCAUUUAAAAAUAAAGUUCCUUGCUGAGACCACAGCUCACUUUAAAUUACACAGUCAUAUAUCUAAUACAGAACUUCUAAAUACUUGGACUUUGGCUUAAAAUUGGGGGGGGGGGGUUAAGCCCUUGCACUACCUGUGCAACAACUCGURUUUCUCUCAAGUGAGAAACCAGCAAAUCACAACUGCAAGGUGUGAAAAAAUGUAACAACAUCAACAAAAAUUAUUUUUGGGAAGCCAAGAGGACAUCAGCAAUAUUAACAACAAUCUGCUGAUGUAAGUUAAUAGAAUUGUUAGUUUUUGUGGAAAGGCUGAGCAAUGUUUUUGGGAAGCAGCUUCCUGGAAACUUCAGUGGAAAUUCUAUUUUAGAAAAUGCCCAGAAUCUGUGUGCUCCAAGCAAGAAGGUCUCUUGUGGCUUCUGCAGAGGCAGUCACUUCUGCAGAAGUGAAUGCAGUAGUCAUGCCCAGACCCUCACUUUUUCACCCUGUCAUGACUCAGAAGUGUGUGUUAGCUUUAAUUCUGGCACUGGCCUGUGGUUUCUCAUAGACUUGGUCUUAGUUUGAAAAUAGCUAUGCUAAAGGAGUGGAGCUGGGAAAGGGAUAAGGAUAAAGCCUGCCUAAUGCCUCAGCUCAAAAUAUUUGUCCCGCCAGGUGGUAGAUGUUAUUGUUUGCAUAGCUCUUAGACUCAAUGAUCUGGCUUAGUGACUUGAGUCAACUGGUAACAAUUAAACUCAGUCAGGACUAGGACAUAAACUGUGAGCAGCUGACAAAAACAUAAAAAUGUUUUACCGUGAUCUGCACUUAAGUGACCAGCGGCUUUCCUUAGCCAAGGCUCCUAGGCACACAGAUACUGUGUGCUCCCUGGAGAUAAGCCUGUAGGAGAAGGGGCCAGUGACCUCUGAAAGCUGUAAAUUCUGCGUCUUGUCUGACCUUGUGGUUUGGAGCUGGACUGUGUACCCCUCUAACAACUUUCACUGAUGAAGCUUUUGGAAAGCAUUARCAUGUACUCCUUACCUGAGGAUGCUUGAAUCCCUUCCUUCUAGACAAAUUUUCUUUCCCCAAAGGAGAGUUCACAUCUUGCUGGAGUAAGUUUAUCUGACGCUGAUUUGUCUGCUUGUCACCUGUUGUGCAUAAGCUCUGGUUCAUGUGAAAAUGCCUACUGGAGUUAAUGUUGUUUUAAUCCUUCCUUUUGUACUUGUGCAGUUUCAAGGAAGAACAAUGUAUUAAGAGAAAUGGUAUAUGCGAUUUCCACUGUUCUGCUUGGUUUUGGUCAUGCUAAAUAGGAAGUCAUGUACUGUUGAAACAAAAUAAAGAGGCCUUGUGUUUACACCUACCUUCAUCUCUUUCUGUGU